AUGCAUACGAGUAGAAGCGGUCUCUUGCCUUCGAUAGCUGGAUCUCCAGCUACUCAAAACAAGACAAAAGCCGCAUCGCCAUCUCCUUCCACUACUCAGACACAUGCCCGCACGAUCCUUUCGAGUACUCCCACCAAGAUCCCGAGAAUGGCAAGCCGUACGUCUCUCGUCAACUCGGUCGGCGUAUCAGGUCAGGCUCCCCCUUUGCCCGUCAAAUCGGCUAUCAACCAUAGUCUGCCUGUCACGCGCGAGCGUACAGUCACCGGGCCAGCCGCCGUGUCAUCCUCCAUGCUAUCCGAGUUUGGCUAUGGUCAACCAGACAAAAGUCGAGUGGGCUCACGACUCUACGCCAAAAAUGGAACAGCCGAGCUGCCCCGUGCAGACCAGUCGCCGACCAGCAUCUCUAGUCAAGGCACUAUCUUGGCCAGCCGAGGAUCCGUAGAUACUGGUGCCAGCUCUUCGAAAAGGAACCUGCCCAUGCUCCCGGAUGGUUCAGAUCCGAACAAGACCUUGAAGGCCAAAGUGUUACCACGUGACCUUUCCGGCGGCUCCCUGAGACGGACCUCGUUGACGAGCCAAUCCAACGGGCCCACGGCCAGCCCUAUCGCAACGCCUAGCAAAAUGGACAAGGUUCCAAAUCGUUUGGCCGUGCCAAGCUAUGCUAGGAUACCUCAUUCUUCAUCGACUUCGAACAUGUCCGGUCGAUCCUCUCGGUCGCAAUCUCCGCAGACCAGCACUGUAGACGAGGACGAGCACAAGGGCAACGAGGAAAUGGCUCAGUUCUUCAAACGUCAGCGGUCAAAGCAAGCCCGAGGCGAGAUCAAGAGUCCCGAGAUUGAGGCAAUGCUGAACUUUCCCGACGAUAUGGAACCCGGCAAGGAACUGUCUCCCCAUGCUUUCAUCAAGUCUCACUUCGAGUCCUUGUCACUUCUCGAACGUCGGGAAAUUUUGGACUAUCAAUCGAUCUGGUAUUCUGGACAAAAAGGCAAGAAAAAUCAGGCUACACCCGAAUCUACAGCCAACAAUCACGGCUAUGACGACGAAAGGGGCGACUACAUUCACAUCCAGGGCGAUCAUCUGGCCUAUCGAUACGAGAUCAUGUGCCUGCUCGGAAAAGGUUCCUUUGGUCAGGUGCUCCAGUGCCGAGAUCACAAGACGGGACAAUGCGUCGCAAUCAAGAUCAUUCGGAACAAGAAACGGUUCCAUUCUCAGGCGCUCGUUGAAGUGAAGAUCUUAGAAAACCUGGUCAAAUGGGACCCCGAGGAUAAGCACAACUUGAUCAAGAUAAAUCAGCACUUCUACUUCCGCGGCCAUCUCUGUAUCGUGACCGAGCUCCUUAGCAUCAACCUUUACGAAAUGGUCAAAGCCAACAGCUUCGUCGGGUUCUCGACGACCUUGAUCCGCCGGUUCACGGUCCAACUCCUGUCCUCUCUCCAGGUCAUGCGAAACAACCGGGUCAUCCACUGCGAUCUCAAGCCAGAGAAUAUUCUCCUGCGACACCCGGCCAAGAGCGGUCUCAAAGUCAUCGAUUUCGGGAGCAGCUGCUUCGAACACGAGAAAGUCUACACCUACAUACAAAGCCGAUUCUACCGAUCCCCUGAAAUCAUCCUUGGAUGUUCUUACCAUACCGCCAUCGACAUGUGGAGUCUAGGCUGCAUCAUCGCCGAGCUCUACACAGGAUAUCCAAUCUUCCCCGGAGAGAACGAGCAAGAGCAGCUGGCUUGCAUCAUGGAGGUGUUGGGUGCCCCUGAUCGCAGUACGGUCGAAAAGUCGACCCGAAAGAAGAACUUUUUCGACUCCCUGGGUCAACCUAAAAUCGUAGCCAACUCCAAAGGCAAACGCCGAAGGCCCGGCUCCAAAACACUACAGCAGGUCUUGAAAGCCGACGACGACCAAUUCAUCGACUUCAUUGCGAAAUGUCUGACCUGGGACCCGGAGCGUCGCCUGAAACCAGCUGCGGCGAUGCGACACCCUUGGAUCAUUGGUGCUCGCAAGGUGCCGGCCUCUAAUGCGCCUCCCGCUUCGGCGAUACAUUCUCGUCUGUCGAGCAUCACCGCGACUCCUUCCCGAAGAUCCAAUGGCAGCGAAAACGGCAAACCCAGGAUUUCUGAACCCUCACCCUUGACGGCUCGCAAAACGCUUUCCGGUUUGCCCGCCUCGUCCAGCGGCAACUUUGCCAGUCAGAGCAGUCGGAUCGCUCGACCGACCCAGUUCAACUCGUCUCGAUCGAUAGCACAGGUGAGUUGCUGGCUGACUCAUCUUUCUAUUCUGCUCAGAAAUGUCUGA